UUAAAAGAUUUAAAAAAAUCACUUGCUGAUGCACGCUUUUCCAAAAGACACUUCUCUGAAAACGACGCCGUCCGGCACCUCCAUGUCUCCUCCUCCUCGUUCGCACGCCAUCGCCCAUUUCCAUGGAAGCUGACGUUCUUCGCGUACCAUUUCCUACAUGCAACGACUGUGUUUCUUUGGUUGGCCUCCACUCCACAACAUGCGUAGAAAAAAGCUCGUUAUUUCCACGCCAAAUCCCGUUUGACCCUCGUUUUUAAAUACGCGACUUUGCUGUACACGCGAGAAUUCGCGAUUGCUUGAUAUGAUUGUGCUGUCGCUAGUCUGUUCUUGAUUCAGCCUAUUGGAUGAUUAUUUAUUUAUUUAUUUAUUUGUGUUGGAGAAGUUGCUUGAAGAAAAAGCAUCGCGGUGAGAAGAUGGCUCUGCGCAUGGGGGGAAGAGCUUGUGCAGCAUUUGUUUAUAUUAUUCUGAAUUUGUUUCAAAUUUAUGGUGAAAUUCCUACAACCCUUGGAGGACCGUUCAAGCCUGUAACUGCUCCGUUGGAUCAGAGUUUUCGGGGACAUGCAGUGGAUUUACCUGAUACUGAUCCCAGAGUGCAGAGGAAUGUCAAUGGAUUUGAGCCUGAGCAAGUUUCGGUCUCCCUUUCAUCCACUUUCGAUUCCGUCUGGAUUUCUUGGAUUACAGGAGAAUUUCAAAUUGGAGAGAACAUUAAACCCUUGGAUCCAAAAACUGUUGCCAGUGUGGUUCAGUAUGGAAAGUUGAGGUUCCCGCUGAUUCACAAAGCUACCGGAAAAGCACACAUUUACAGUCAGCUUUAUCCUUUCGAAGGCCUCCGAAAUUAUACUUCAGGGAUCAUUCACCGUGUCCGGCUUAAUGGAUUGGAGCCGGAUACAACAUACUACUACAGAUGUGGAGAUCCUUCAAAAUCGGCGAUGAGCAACACUUACUACUUCAAGACAAUGCCGGUUUCUUGUCCAACUAGUUAUCCGGGUAAAAUAGCUGUUGUUGGAGACCUAGGUCUCACCUACAACACCACUUCAACAGUUGAUCAUAUUAUAAACAACGAACCGGAUCUUAUUCUGUUAGUAGGAGAUGUAUGCUAUGCUAACUUAUAUGUUACUAAUGGGACUGGCUCCGAUUGCUAUUCGUGCUCGUUCUCGGAUACGCCUAUACAUGAGACCUACCAGCCUCGUUGGGAUUAUUGGGGAAGAUAUAUGCAGCCCUUGAUAUCUAAAGUUCCGAUCAUGAUGGUUCAAGGGAACCACGAAAUAGAACAGCAAGUUCGAAACCAGACUUUCGUGUCCUUCAGUUCUCGAUUUGCAUUUCCACAUAAAGAAAGCGGAUCGCCUUCUCCGUUCUACUACUCAUUCAACGCAGGAGGCAUACACAUCAUAGUCUUGGGAGGAUAUGUUGCUUAUAACAAAUCAGAUGACCAAUACAAAUGGUUGCAGAAAGAUCUAGCUAGCAUCGACAGGGAGGUGACACCGUGGUUGGUAGCCACAUGGCAUCCACCUUGGUACACAACUUACACGGCCCACUACCGGGAAGCUGAAUGUAUGAGGAUUGCCAUGGAGGACCUACUCUACAACUAUGGCGUCGACAUCGUAUUCAAUGGACAUGUUCAUGCCUACGAGAGGUCGAACAGAGUGUAUAAUUAUACCCUUGAUCCUUGUGGUCCUGUUCAUAUAACGGUUGGUGAUGGUGGCAACAGAGAGAAGAUGGCAGCCAAGCAUGCAGACGAACCGGGCAACUGUCCAGAGCCGUCUACUACACCUGAUGACUUCAUGGGUGGAUUCUGUGCCUUUAAUUUUACCUCAGGGCCAGCUGCUGGCAAGUUUUGCUGGGAUCAACAGCCUGAAUAUAGCGCAUACCGGGAGACAAGCUUUGGCCAUGGAAUCCUAGAGGUUAAGAACAACACACAUGCUCUCUGGUCAUGGCAUCGCAAUCAGGACAUGUACAACAAAGCAGGGGAUCAAGUCUAUAUCGUAAGGCAACCCGAGAGGUGCCCGGUUCAACCCAAGGUUUGUGCAAAGAGAAUGAAAAUUUCUAGGAAAAAAGUCGAUGACAACAUUAGUGUGCUAUCGGGCUUGAGCCUUCGACUAGGCCAUUCAUUGUUUAAAGUGGUUAACUCAAAUUAAAAUGUCUUCCUAACACCAAAAAUGGG